AAAUUUGGAACAAAGAAGUCUAUAAUUUUGAACAUGAUGAUGAAUAUACUCAAUACUUGAAAUUAUGUGAAAAACAUCAAGAACUAUUUCACUUUGAAGAAGAACCCUCUGAUACUGAACUAAGUGAUAAAAAGCUAUAUAGCAAGGCACGCCGAAAUCUGACCAAUGAUGACCAAAUUCCAAGGAGUGAAGAGUUAUCUAAUAAACCUGAGUCUGAAGCAAUUAUUAACAUGGAGGAGUCAGAUUCUGAUUCAUCAAGUGAUUCUUCCAGCUCAGAAGAUUCGUCCGAAAACUCUAACCUAA